CAAUUCAUUCCCUGCUUGACUUGCAUUCUCUUACUAAUAGAAAGAGGGAUAUAUAGAAAGAGCUAAUUAGAGCGUCAAAAAAAGAGAGAAAAACUUCUUAAGCUAGGAAGAAAAGAGAUAUUAUUGGUAGUAUAAUUACAAUAUAAUGGGAAUCAAGUCUAUCUCUGACAGCCUAGUAAAGGCAAAAGCAUACUUGGCUAUAAUUUCACUCCAAUUUGGGUAUUCUGGGAUGUAUAUAGUAACGGCUGUUUGCUUGAAACGUGGGAUGAACCAUUACAUCCUCUCAGUCUACCGUCAUGUUUUUGCCACCCUUGCCAUUGCACCUUUUGCCCUUAUUUUUGAAAGGAAAACUAGGUCAAAGAUGACCCUCUCCGUCUUUCUCAAGAUAAUGGUGCUCGCUUUUCUUGAGCCUGUGCUAGAUCAAAAUCUGUACUACGUGGGAUUGCAGUAUACAUCAGCAACACUUACUUCUGCCAGUGUCAACAUUCUUCCUGCAAUUACCUUCAUCAUGGCAACAAUUUUCAGGCUGGAGAAAGUAGACAUAAGGAAGCUACCAAGUCAAGCAAAGAUCAUAGGAACCAUAGUGACGGUAUCAGGGGCAAUGGUGAUGACCAUGUAUAGAGGGCCAGUUGUGAAUCUAUUCGGAAACCAUGGAGUUGGACACCAUCUAGCUAACGCUGCUACUGCUACCCCUUCGACUCAACAUUGGGUUGUUGGAACAAUUUGCGUUCUCGGCAGUUGCUUGGGAUGGGCGGCUUUCUUCAUCCUCCAAUCAUUUACACUUAACGAGUACCCAUCACAACUAUCACUCACAGCAUGGAUAUGCUUCAUGGGAACACUAGAAGGAGGGGUUGUCUCCUUAGUCAUGGUUAGGGACAUGAAAGCCUGGCAACUUGGCUGGGACUCCAGACUUCUUGCCUCUGUUUACACGGGAGUCAUUUGCUCUGGAAUUGCAUAUUAUGUGCAAGGAGUAGUCAACCGGGAAAGAGGCCCUGUUUUUGUGACAGUCUUCAGCCCUCUUUGCAUGAUCAUUACUGCUGCUUCAGGAUCUCUUAUCUUGCAUGAGCUUCUCCACUUAGGCAGCAUCAUAGGAGCAUUGAUCAUAGUCAUAGGGUUGUACACAGUGGUAUGGGGGAAAAGCAAAGAUCUCCGAAUUUCUGACGAGAAAGGCAAGGUGCAGGCCGAAUUGCCGAUCGUCCACGACAGCACCAUUAACACCAUCGCGGCAGCUACCACCCCUACCAAAUCUACUGACAUUAAUACUCCUGCUUCAGAUCAAGCCCGUCAAUCUGGAAUCUCAAUGACCAAGUUCUCCUCGUCACAAGAGGUUGCAUAACAUUACAUCAUCUCAUGGGGACCCAAAAUAUACCCCACAAAAACAAAUUAAAAAAAAAAAUUCCAACUAGACAAACAAAAAAUAUAUGCAAUUUGGGUUCUUACUUUAUAAUAGUAAUCUAAAUUUUGAGAUGAAAGGGGCUACUCUGAGGAAAAAAAACAUUUGGUUAUCCAAGAUGUGCUGGAACUAGAAGAAUAUUAAUUCUUUAUUGGCUGCCUGAUCUCA